AUGGCCUUCCGUCAACCCACAUUCCACACGGCCCAACGAGUCCAUACCUCGCCCGUAGAGCUCCAGCCACAAGACCAGCACCAGCACCAGCAUCAGGUCUCGCCGCCGUCGCCGUCGCAGUCGCAGCAGAAUCGCGUCGCCGACAGCCAGGAAUGGAUCCUGUUCGCACCCUCCGCGGCAUCGACGACAGACCGCGGCUACGAUACUUCCACAGCGAAGACACGCACCGAGGACCUUUCAAGGAUUAGUGAUUUCGGGAGCUUGGACACUGCUGCUCGCAGCUAUGGUUACGAAGAGGGUUCAGAGGAGGACAUCGAGGAGGAAGAGGAAGAGGAAGAGGAUGGCGAGCUGGACAGCCUGGACAGCCAUCUGCCUGCUUUCAGGGCCGAGGGAAGCCUAUACAGAGAGAGUGCUGGGGCCACAGGCACCGUGUUGCCGACCCACGAUGGCUUGGGGAGUUUUCGUCUGGAUCAGACGAAUAUGGGGGAGGAUGUGCAGGAACAUUUGUAUGCCUUCGAACGCUUUAAUCCGCGAAGGGUGAAGAGGAGGAGAGAGAGUGUGGAAGGGGCAGUGGAUAAGAUGGAAAUGGGUGAACGGGUCGCGGACGCAGACUGGAUGAGAAGGAUUGAGCAGUGGCGGAUGGAGCAGAGCCGGCUGCUGGUGGAUGAAAUCCAGAAGGAGACGAGGAAGAGGAAACAGUCAAUGUCCAGUGAGAGGCGGUCUAUCAUCGAGGAUCGGAAGCAGGAGGAUCUGGCGACUUUCAGCCACGUGGAGAGCGAAGAGGCACAGGACGAAGAGAGCGAUGGAUUCUGGAACAGAAUCACGAAAAGGGUCAUUCGGGAUUUGAUGGGCAUUGAUGACGAUUUGCUCGCCAUCCUCCUCCUUGGUGAAGCUCUUCCCGACGACGACGACAACCACACAUCCUCGAGGCCCACUGCUACAUCCGUCAUAACGUCCAAGAAGUACGAUGAGUCCACCUGGGAACAUCGAAUUCUGGAGCGAGUGGCCAGAGAACUGGGGAUCUUGGUCAGUCAGCUAUCCGACCACCCUGGGGCCUUUUCAACCUACCUUCAUUCCCAACAAACACCUCUGCCCUACGCCGGGCUACCCGUCAUUCCAGAGACGCGAAACCAACCAAUCCUCGACGCCUCGACCCUCUCAUCUCCAGAACCUCAAUUCCGUCCAACCCUUCAAACCGAACCAGUCUCCAUCCCGAUAUCUAGCACUUCUUUCGCCCCGUCUCUUCUUCUCGACGAAGACGCCACGCCUCGCGCCACCAGCCCCAUCUCCCAACCCCUGACACGUGAAGAAUGGGAGCGCGACCUCGAUAUCAAAAUGGUGUUUCGCUACCUCCACCUACGCUUCGCUUCUAAAUUCAACUUUGCUUCCCCCGCUGCCACUCUAAACUUGACCACCGUCGGCACCUCGCACCUCGCAACAGCAAGUACAGCAGAUACGGCCGCACGUGCUGCCCGAGUUCAGCAACAUCACCCACUUGUCAAAUCAGGGGAGCGACGCCGCAGCAACGAGCGGAGGACGUGGCGGGCCAGCGUCCCUGUUUCAGGAAGUCCAGUGCUGAGGAGAGGCAGUAGCAGCUGUGCAAGCGAAAAUAUGAGCGGGAAUGCAAAGGCGAGAAACAGUGGGAGUAGUCGCCAUUAUUGGGAUUUCGGAGGCCAAAGUGUGGGGAGCGGGAGCUUGAUUGCAAGCACCGGGGCAAUGGGGAGCUGGGGGGUAUGA